GGUGAGUCUGUGAGAACAGUUGCUGGAAAUGUGUUUUGUUUAGAAAAUGUAAUUUAAUGAAAAGCUUCAAAGUAACACGGUACAAACGUACGUGUACGUUCAUUGGAGGUAGAUGUUUAUCGGAUUUAAACAAUCUAAAAACGAUUUGAGUAAAUCGGCGACUAGAUCUUUCUUCGGGAAACCAUGGCAGACCUCGGUAUCAAGGCAGGAGACACGGUUCUGUUGGUGUGGGCGCAGCCAUCUUCGCCAGAAGCCUUAAAACAGUAUGCAGAACAACUGAGUUCUGUUGUUGGGGUGGAUGGAAAAGUGGCAGUAGAGAACAUGGAGAGAAUGUUACUCUCCUCUCAUGCAGCGUCCUCCUUUGAUUGGGUACUCUCCUGCCUCUUGGCUGAUGGCUCCUCCAUCCACAGUUCAGACGUUUUGGCAGAAAUGGUCAGAGUGCUCAAACCUGGUGGCAGGCUGGUCCUGGAAGAGCCGGUUACAGGCACGGAAGCACAGAGCGUGAGGACGACUGAGAAACUCAUGUCAACGCUGAAGUUGUGUGGCUUCAUGUCAGUAACAGAGGUCAGUAAAACAGAACUCGGCGCCGAGGCGUUGAGCUCCUUUAGAGCAGCAACCGGUUACCAAGGAAACACUCUGUCCCGAGUUCGUGUAUCUGCCUCCAAACCCAACUAUGAGGUGGGAUCUUCCAGCCAGAUCAAGCUGUCAUUUGGAAAAAAGACACCCAAGCCAGCGGAGAAACCUGCUCUGGAUCCCAACACGGUGAAAAUGUGGACGUUGUCGGCCAACGACAUGAAUGACGACGAUGUGGAUUUGCUGGAUUCUGAUGCGCUGCUCGAUGAAGAGGACUUAAAGAAGCCAGAUCCAGCUUCUUUGAAAGCUGCAAGUUGUGGUGAAGGAGGUACCAAGAAGAAGAAAGCCUGCAAGAACUGCACUUGUGGACUCGCUGAAGAGUUGGAGGAGAGUAAAGAGAAACAGAAAACUAACCUUCCAAAGUCCGCAUGUGGCAGUUGUUACCUUGGCGACGCCUUCCGAUGUGCCAGCUGCCCAUAUUUGGGGAUGCCAGCCUUUAAACCAGGAGAGAAGAUUGUUCUAGACAACAAAACGCUGACGGACGCUUGAAGGGAAAAGCUUCCACGGUUCUGCUGCUCGUGCUUCGAGACAUUUACAUUCCUCUUUAUUCCAUCCUCCAAGGUUUCCUUUGGGAUUUUUCUCCGGACAUGUCUGCUGACAGGGAUGCGAGUGAGAUGAGUUUCCUCUCAUGAGAUUGGAGUUCAGCGAGAGUGAGAUGGGAAAUAAAAGCAAAUUAAACAGAAAACAAA